UCCCACUAUUGGAAGCGCAGCUGUGCCCCGGUUGCCCGCUGGGAAAUGUACUAAGCAUCCUUCCCCUUUCAGGCCCAGACACUACAACCAGGCGGGCGAACUGGCAGCGCUCGAAUGCCGGGUCUUAACCGCCCAGUCGGAAGCGUAAUCUAGCGCGGGAGGACUUUGGAGAGGCGCCUGGGCUCGGGGUCCGCCGUGCAUGUGGCUCGCGUACUAGGCCAUACGCGGUGCGAAGGUAGACUGGGAAGAAGGCGGUGUCGGCGGACGAGACCAAGUGCCAGCUUGGAGCAGGGAGUGGUCCACGGGGAAGGGUUGGAAAGAGCUUGUGUUAGCAAGUGUUACACCAUGAUUUCUCAGCUUCUGCCACGUGUCUGAUUAAAAGAUUGAUGUUCCUGCAUAAGCGUUUUCCUGUUAAAAUGUCCUUGCCUCUUACAGAGGAGCAGAAGAAAAAGAUUGAGGAGAAUCGACAAAAGGCUCUGGCCCGGAGAGCCGAGAAAUUAGCAGAACAGCAUCAGAGUGGAGGCUGGGGUUCCCCCAUUGCUGCCUGUCCUUCCCAGUCCAAGCAGGGUCCUUCUUGCCAUCUCCCCAGAGACUCUGCUAAGCCAGUGAGCCAUGGUGUCAUUUUCAAGCAACAGAAAACCAGUAAUUCAUCUCUUGGUGACCAAAGUCCUCAUAAUCCCCACAGUUUUCAUCUCAGCACUUUGGAGCAGGCCCAGGGGACAUGGAAGAGGCCGGAAGAGAUGCCCACAGCCUGCCCACACCAGAGCCCACCCAGUCAAAUGACUCUCACUGGGAUCUCCCCUCCAUUGGCACAAAGUCCCCCAGAGGUUUCCAGCCAGCAGCUCCUGGGUUAUGAGUCAGGUCAAGGUCAUCCUCAGGUUUCGCAUGGGACCAAAUCAACACCCUUCGUUAGCACAACUCAUGAGCCUUUGGCCAAAGCAAAGAGUUCCCAGGAUACUCCAGCUUCUUUCUCGGGACAGCUUCCCAGGGAUCCCGAAUUAGAGGCCAAGACAGCCAGACCCUCCACCUCAGGGCAGAAUGUUUCUGACACCCAUUGUGGCCCAGGGAGCGUGAUGCCCGGGAUAGAACGAAGUCUCCUGCAGAACUUGGGGGCCUCAUCCCACAAAGCAGUAAACUCCCAGGAGGGAGCGUGUGUGAGGGAUGGAGACCGUUUCCAGGUGAAGAUUGGGUACAAUGCGGAGCUCAUUGCUGUGUUCAAGCGUCUGCCCAGCAGAAAAUUCGAUCCUGACACCAAGACGUGGAACUUCAGCAUGACCGACUACAGUGCCCUGAUGAAAGCAGUCGAGCGCCUGCCCACGGUCACCCUGCAGCCUCUGGACGGGGCCAGCAGCCUGGCUCAGAGCCGCCUGCCUCCGGCUCCCUCUCUUACGUUCGUCAAAGGGCAGUGCCUGCUCAUCUCCCGGGCCCGCUUCGAGGUCGACAUCGGCUAUUCACAGGAGCUGAUCGCAGUGUUUAAACAGAUGGAUUCCAGAAAUUACGAUGUCAAGACCAGGAAGUGGAACUUUCUCUUGGAAGAGCACAAUAAACUCAUCGAAAGGGUGCGCUGCCUUCCACAAGUUCAGCUGAGUCCUCUGCCCAAGACACUGACCCUGGCUUUCGCUUCUCAGAUGGAGAAGACGUCUCUUGGUCUCACGGCAGACGUCCCUGAGGCAAACCUCUCAGGAGUGGACCCCAAGCUCGUGUCUAAUCUGCUGCCCUUUCAGAGAGCUGGAGUCAAUUUUGCCAUCGCGAAAGGAGGCCGCCUGCUCCUUGCCGACGACAUGGGCCUGGGGAAGACCAUCCAAGCCCUCUGCAUCGCGGCCUUCUACCGGAAGGAGUGGCCGCUCCUGGUCGUGGUGCCGUCGUCUGUGCGCUUCACCUGGGAGCAGGCCUUCCUGCAGUGGCUGCCGUCUCUGAACCCAGAGCACAUCAAUGUGGUGGUGACCGGCAAGGACCGCCUGACAGCGGGCUUGGUCAACAUUGUCAGUUUUGACCUUCUGAGCAAGUUGGAAAAACAGAUAAAGACCCCUUUUAAAGUCGUCAUCAUUGAUGAAUCUCACUUCCUCAAAAACAUUAAGACUGCCCGCUGUCGCGCAGCUAUGCCCCUCCUCAAGGUUGCCAAACGCGUGAUCUUACUGUCAGGCACGCCAGCCAUGUCGCGACCCGCAGAGCUCUACACGCAGAUCAUUGCCGUCAAGCCCACGUUCUUCCCUCAGUUCCAUGCCUUUGGCCUUCGCUACUGUGACGCCAAGAAGCAUGCCUGGGGAUGGGAUUACUCAGGCUCCUCCAACCUGGGAGAGCUGAAGCUCCUGCUGGAGGAAGCGGUCAUGCUGCGGCGUCUCAAAGCGGACGUCCUUUCCCAGCUCCCAGCCAAACAGCGCAAGAUGGUGGUGGUGGCCCCAGGCCGGAUCAGUGCCAAGGCCAGAGCGUCCCUGAGUGCCGCGGCCCAGGAAAUGACCACCAAGGACGCGUCUAAGGGACAGCAGAGAACAGCCCUCAUUCUCUACUUCAACAGAACAGCUGAAGCUAAAAUCCCGUGUGUCAUUGAAUAUAUCUUGGACCUACUGGAAAGUGGAAGAGAGAAGUUUCUAGUGUUUGCGCACCACAAGGUGGUUCUGGAUGCAAUUAUUGAAGCGCUUGAGAAAAAGCGGGUGCAGCACAUCCGCAUCGAUGGCUCCACCUCCUCAGUGGAACGAGACCGCCUGUGCCAGCAGUUCCAGCUGGCCAAGGGGCACGCUGUGGCCGUGCUCUCCAUCACCGCCGCCAACAUGGGCCUCACCUUCUCCUCGGCCGACCUGGUGGUAUUCGCCGAGCUGUUCUGGAACCCAGGGGUGCUGAUGCAGGCCGAGGACCGGGUGCACCGCAUUGGACAGUCGAGCUCCGUGGGCAUCCACUACCUGGUGGCGAGAGGCACGGCCGAUGACUACCUUUGGCCCAUGAUUCAAGAGAAGAUUAAAAUUCUGGGUGAAGCUGGGAUUUCUGAGGCCAAUUUUUCAGAAACGACAGAAGCCACUGAUUACAUCUACAAGGACCCAACGCAGCAGAAGAUCUACGACCUAUUCCAGAGGUCCUUUGAGGACAGAAACGAUAAGGAGCUCCUGGAGGCAGCGGAGGCCUUUGACCCAGCAAGUGCUUUGGGAGCGUCUGGAAGUGGUUCCCAGGGCUCCGGAGACUCGCUGGACGAAAGCACGUUGACAGACAGCCCAGUGAAGAAAAGGAGAUUUGAGUUUUUUGAUAACUGGGACAGCUUUACCUCUCCCCUAUAAGAGAGGCAAAAAUGGCAUUUAAA